GUCCUAUACCACGCAGCGACCGAAGGACGCACAUCCGGCAGAGUAGGGACGUAUAUCCGCCCGGCUCCGAGUCCUCCACGUUCCGAUUCCUACCGAAUAUGACACGCUGGGCCCGGCCCGGACACAGUAGCAACACUCCGGCUCGGAACCGCAAGGUGUGCGCGGCCACCCCAUGGGAGGAGCAGCACCAGCAGCAGGGGGGCGGGCAGGGCAAGCGUGCCGCCUGCAGCGAGGAGAGGGCGCCCGGGGCCAAGAGGAGGAAGGAGGCGUAUGUGAAUCAGGAUGUUAACGGGUUCCUGGCGCAGCAAGAGGGCCAGGACUGGAAGGAUCAGCGCAGGGAGGGCAGGAGGCUGAAGAGGCAGGACACUAAGAAGAGCAAGAUGAUCUGUUUCCACUGCCGGAAGCCUGGCCAUGGCAUGUCUGACUGUGCAGAAGCGCUACGAUGCCAGGAGAUGGGCACAGGAAUCUGUUUCCGCUGUGGGUCGACAGAGCAUGAGAUCAAUAAAUGCAGAGCCAAAGUGGAUCCAGCACUUGGAGAGUUUCCGUAUGCAAAAUGUUUCAUAUGUGGAGAGAUGGGACACUUAUCCCGGUCAUGUCCAGACAAUCCCAAGGGAUUAUACGCAGAAGGUGGAGGAUGCCGGAUAUGUGGUUCUGUAGAACAUUUUCAGAGGGAUUGCCCUGAACACCACACAUCAGCCCAAAUGACAGUCGGCAGAUGGUUGAACGGGAUGAGUGCAGAUCACGAAGAUGUUCCUGUGACUCGCAAAGCACAGAAAUUACCAAUCAAAAUAGCCAAGAUUGUCACAUUCUGACCGUGUCUGUUCUGGGAAACGUGAAUCCUGGCUGUGCUGUAACCUAGCUGAUGAUUAGGAACCUAUCACAUGUUUAUAUCGGAACACUUUUGAAGACUGUUUACAUAUGGUAUUUUUCAGAGAUCACAAACAAACCCUGUCUCCGUUGCUAUAUACAGAAUGUAUAUGUAUAUAUUGUGUAAGGUCACAACCAUCAAGAAUAGGAACCAUAUAUUGAUAGCUGUCAUGUAUAAUAUUUGUAUAAUUUGGUUAAUUUUGCUGCAACAUAAAUACAUUUGUAAAAACC